GUCUUAUAUUAUCGCCCAGUUUCAUGUGCUCCUAAACAUGGCAAAAGCUUCUCUUAAUUAUCGGACGUUGAAACUUUCACAAAUCUUCAUAUCUCAGAGAAGUUAUAGUCAAAGCCAGUUAACAAACGCCGAAGUUCGGAAGAAGCGCAAUGACAUAUUUGAAAAAGAACUUCAGCGACAGUUGUCAGUAAUCCCGGCAAUUCAAAAAAUCAAUGUAGAAUAUAAAGGAGAAUCUGAAAAUAUUUCUCUGUUGAUGAAUAAGAAUUUAUCAACCCCGUUUAAUUGUGCUAUGCAUAUUUCGGAGCUUAUUCGCGAUAGAUCAGUCAUAGCCUUAGUCAACGGAAGGCCUUGGGAUAUGCACAGACCUCUAGAAGAGGAUUGUGAAUUAAAGUUUAUGCAUUUUAAAGAUAGAAAGCCAGAAUUAGUAAAUAAGGCUUUUUGGCGAUCCUGCUCUUUUAUUCUAGGUCAUAUUUUGGAGACUGUAUUUAAAGAGAAAUAUUAUGUUGAGUUGCACAGCUUUCCUAAACCCAAUCUUCAAAGUGGUAGUUUUGUUUAUGAUGCUGACUUGAAAAUAGAUGGAUGGAAACCAUCUUCGGUAGAGCUUGUAAACACAAGUAGAGCAGUCUCUAAACUAUAUUCAGAAAAAAUCAAAUUCCAAAGAUUGGAAGUUGAUGCAAGUAUUGCUUCGAGAAUGUUUGAAGAUAAUCGCUUUAAAUCAGUACAAGUUGACCAAAUAGCAGCUCAAUCGACUUCUGGAAAUACUGUUACAGUAUAUAGAAUGAAAGAUCAUGUAGAUAUGAGCAGAGGACCUUUGAUCUCCACAACAGAUCAAAUAUUUAGAUUUAAUAUAACAGCCGUGCACGAAAUUAAUUCCGAUUACGGGAAACUGAACAGAGUUCAAGGAAUGGCUAUACCAAAGCAGCUUCCUAUUCAUUAUUGGGCGUAUGAUCUUCUAUGUGAGAGGGCUGCAAAAUUGAAUACCAACGAUCUACCUUCAUUCAAUAACAAUAGUAAUAGGAGCGCCAAAGCUUACAGUUCUUAAAAGUUUGAAUUUCAUUGUAAGCUAAUUAUUGACAAUUUUAUUACUGAGCUUUAAAAGUGUUUAAAAAAUAAAUAACUUCGUUAUGUUAUUAUAUUUAAUAGAAUAGCUAGAAAUUUUUAUAUAUGUACAAGGUAAAAGAUAAUUUACAUAAAUUUGAAAACUAAUUUACAUUAACAAACACAAAAACUCUUAGAAUGUAACUUUGCAAUGAACUUUCUUAAACGCUCUUGAAAUACGCCACGCGUUAGGUUCUUCAUAUUUAUUAUGCAAUGGUUCAAUCUUCUGAUUUUUCUUGGUUUUCGAUAACUUGGUCGGAUCUCCAAAUUUAAAGAAAUUUGGUGCAAACUCAACUAGCCACUUAGGAUCUAUUGCCAUAACUUCUCUCAUAUACUCUUUAGUAGUUAACACCAAUUCAUGAUAUAGAACCCAGUCGGGCUGCCUGUGAAAGAGACUUGAAGCCGGAUGAACAUAAACGAUUUGCUGGUCGACAACCGUCCGAUAACCAUCUUGCGGAUCUUUCUUAGCAGCAUUGCGGAAAAAUCCAGAUAAAAUUGCUUUUUGUACUUUAGCCGUUGCUCUUCCACAUGAUACUACAUCUAAUUUAUGCCUAUCCAUAAUCCCCAACAUUUGUUUUCUUACAUCUUGAGCUCUUUUCAAUGUUCUCUGCUGAACGAAAUUUUCAUAACACCAAGGUGCAGAGAAUUUGUUGUUCUUCCACGCAUUGUAAACAGCCAGUAAGGUCAAAUGAUCUCCUUCAGCUUGGUGAAAUUUAGCUUUCUUUUGAUCAGCAACUGCCUGUUUAUCUUUUGGUCUGUAGAAUAUGUUUUGAACAGAAAGCAUAGAAACAACGGUUAAUACUUCGUCCGAACAAUGCAGCUGAACAGACAUAAUCAGUACUUUAGCAAGCAUAGGUUCCAAAGGAAAUUCAGCCAUUCUUCUUCCUAAUCUGGUAAGGAGCCCUUCAUCAUCUAAAGCUGACAGAGCAUGUAGUUGUUCCAGAGCAGAGACUAGGGUUUGCAAAGGAGGCGCAUCCAUGAAAUCAAAGUUUAAUAAAUCAUUUAUGCCCAUAGCUUUUAAAGACAAAACGGUUGAUGCUAGAUUAGUUCUUUGUAAUUCUGGAACUGGUGUUGGCAACAUUUCAUCUCUGUAUGCUCUUUCAGUGUACAGUCUGUAUGUUUUGCCAGGACCAGUUCUUCCAGCUCUUCCAGCUCUCUGUUUUGCUUGGGCCUGAGAUAUCGGAGUCACUAUAAGUUGAUCCAUUCCACUUUUCGAAUUAUAAACUUUUUGUUUAACAAAUCCUGGAUCAACAACAUAAAAAAUACCAUCAAUUGUCAGAGAUGUCUCGGCAAUAUUUGUUGCAAUAACAACUUUUCUUGAUCCAGGUGGUGCAGGUUCAAAAAUUCGAGUUUGCAUUUCUGAAGGUAAAGCGGAAUAAACGGGCAAAAUAAUAAGAUCGGGAACUUCGGGACCGAGACUCUUCAUUCUUUCAUAAAGAACUUCGCAAGCAGUAUCGAUUUCUUCUUGACCAGUAAGGAAGAGUAGGAUAUCUCCAGGAGGUUCGGUCAAAUGUAUUUGCAUUACUGUGAUCAUUGAAGCAUCAAGGUAAUCCGUUUCAGCUUCCCGAGUAUAUAAGAUGUCCACGGGAAAUGUCCUUCCAGGAAUUGUGAAAAUUGGUGAUUGGAAAAAAUAUUGUGAAAAUUUGACAGCAUCAAGUGUAGCCGAUGUUACUAUUAAUUUAAGAGAGGGUCUUUUCUGUACCGCAGUUUUCAGCAAACCGAACAACACAUCAGUGUGUAUAGUUCUUUCGUGAGCUUCAUCAAGCAUUAUAACAGAAUAAUUUUGGAGAUCUGAGUCAAUUAAACAUUCACGCAACAGCAUACCAUCCGUCAUGUACUUAAUAACUGUUUCCUGAGAGGUACAAUCCUCAAAUCUGAUAGUAUAGCCAACUUCUUGACCUAAUCUACAUCCAUAUUCUUCAGAGACUCUUUUGGCAACGGACAUCGCAGCUACUCUCCUAGGUUGUGUACACCCAAUUUUCCCCGUGGUUAUAUAUCCAGCUUCUGCAAGAUAUUGAGUAAUUUGAGUUGUUUUCCCACUUCCUGUUUCUCCAAUAACAAUUAAAAUUUGAUUAUCAUUAACCGCUUUUAUCAAUUCGUCUUUUAAUUUGAAGAUUGGUAGAGAUUGUCGCUGUUCAAGAAGAGAUUUAUUUUCUUUCUUACCAUAGGAGGCUUUUGUACCACCCGUAAUAUGUUUUUUCCAUUCGGGCAUGUCUGCCAAUUGACUUUUAGACGUAGAUGACAUGUUGGUAUUAUUGGAAUCCGGAAGUGGAUCAACCCAGUUCUUGUCAAAACCCGAUGCCUGCGAUACUGAUUCGGAUUCUCUCUGUUGUUGUUUCAAUUCUCGUCUUUCUUUUUGCAAAGCACUCUGCAUCAUGGCAGCUUGGGAGAGGGAUCCAUCAGGAUUUUUGACUAUUUUUACUGGACUGAAGUCAGCACUCUGUCUCCCUACACCCCUUAAAAAUGCCCUCUCUUCUUGAACAAGUUCUACCUCGAUAUCUUGAUCGUCGUUGUCGUCGUCUCUGGGUAGAAUUCCGGUCUCUUCAUCAAAGUCUGGCAGCUCAGACUUGUCAACAACACCUGCUGACAUCAUUUGUCUCAAUUCCCACAUUUCAGGACUAGGUAUGUUUCUUCGGCGUCGCGCCGCGCCAGGUUCACUGUCGUUAAUUUCAGGAAUAAGAGGAGCCGUUAUUGGUCUAUCUGGAUUCCUAUGGCUAACUUCAGCAGUUUUGGGAUUUAGAUCCUCGCCCGUUUCUUGAUCAACAUCUUUCAUCGAAAGACUGAGUUUUGUACCUAUUUUGUUUAAGAGUUUCACUUUGACUCUUGAUCCCCUUUGAACAACCUCGGUUACAUCAUUAACUCUUCCUCCUGCUCUUAGCUGAGAGAUAUGUACGAGACCUUCGAACUUUCUGCCCCUGGCUAAUCCCUCUAGCUGAACAAAGCAGCCGAACUUGGUCGUUCCUGUGACUCUUCCAUCAUAGACCAAGCCAACUUCUGGAUUUUCGGGCAGAUCUGCUCGAGAUCGUUUACGCCUUUCCCUAUCUCUUGAUCUACUUCUUCUUCUCGAACCUCGAUCUCUAGAUCGCGAUCUCUUUCGUUCGUGCCGUCUGCUAUUAGAAACUAAUUCUUCAAGUUCAGCCAUCAUCGUAUCGGCAAUAUUUGAGUCCUCUUUAUUUUUUCUCUCCUCUUCUUUUUUUAUCUUUUCUUCUUCUUCUUUUUUCUUUAUUUCCUCAUCGAGCAUGGUUCGAACAGAUGGAUCAUUUGGCAUGCAUAGACCCGGGAAAAGCUGAGCUUUAAUUGCUAAAUCGGACUUUUUUUCUUCUUCUUUGGAGGAGCCUUUCUUUGAACUUUUCUUUUCCUUUUUCUUUUUCUUCUCUUUUGGAGGUCUCAUUUUUUGAAUUAAUCUUAAAAUGUUGGCUAUAAAUGAAUCUGUCAAAUCUGGUUGGCAUUUUUGAAUAGCUUUUUUGAAGGAAUCGUAAGUUUGAUGUUUAUCAGCGAGAUGUAUGAUGUAUUCUGCGGCAUCUUUGUCAUUGAGUCCCAAAUGGUUAUCCAACUCUGUACAAACUUUGGAUACCAAGGAGAGAUAUUCUAAUUUUUCAAUGUCUGACAUCUUAACUGCGAUUUAAGUACAAUACUUCGCCGUAUCGCUCAGAGACGUUUCCGAAUAUUACGAAAUUCUAAACCGUUCAAUGUUUCGGAAAAUUUUAAAACCGGUUCUAAGAAACCGGUUCCGAGAUCGCGCGUCAAGCCCUUGCAUUACGAAUUUAUUGUCCAACCAACAAAAAAUACCUAGAGGAUUUAUGGAACAAAUGAAUGAAUACAGAAGUUUUAUGACUUAUAUUUCAUGAUAUAUCGAACAUAUUGAUU